GAGUAACGGUUCAUCAGUGUCGCCAACCAAACAAUAUUAUCGAAUUAUCGUAUAUUUUACUAACGUUCAAUCGUUAUGAACAUUUUCAUACUUUUACCACAAAUUAAAUGAAAUAGUUUAUUUUAGAGAAAAUUCUUAUAUAGGCUCUCUAGAUGAAAGCAGAAGAGUCACUUUCGAUGUAAGCCAAAAAGUGACGGCGAUUUUUUAAAAUGGUUUUUUUGUAUAAUGUUAUAUCUAAACACAACUAAUAAUAAUAACGUUUAGUGGUCGCACUGCACAAUCUACAUUGGAAGCGUCCGUUCGCAUUUAAUGUAUUGAUUGCAAUAUACACUAUCCAUUUUGUUUUUAUUUGCAAUUGCGCGGCCGAGUAGGCGUAGCGAUUAUUACGUUGACGCGAAUAUAAAGGAAUACCAUCGACGUUGUUGCUUAGAUUUUGUGUUGUCCUAUAAAAGUAACCAAAUUAUACUAAUAUCAUACGGAUCUUGCGAAGUGGGAUAUUUAUGCAGCGCAAAUAUUGUAAAAUUUACAUCCGAAAUUAGUGUUUACUGAUUCGAGUCAGUGGUGCAGUAUCUUAUAAAUAAUAAAAUCCCAGGAAAAAAAUAAUCAUGGCAAUGCUUCCCAUCUUUUAUGAAGGAAAUGAAGAUGACGAAGAAGAUACUUACUACGAGGUUGACAUUGACUCAUUUAAUCUGGAAGAGUAUGUUGAUAAGUACAGUGGCCUAACACGGAUUAACAGAAUAAUGUUCAUUGCUCAACAUUUUCCGAAAAUAUGUGGUGAUGCACUGCGAUUAGCUCUUUCGUAUGUCCUUAAAACUCUGAAUACCGAAUUAUUUAAAUUGGUUCAUUAUAAACUUCAAAAUAAUUUUAAAAUUAGGCAGUCAGAUGUUCAUGAACAUGAAUUUAAACAUAGGCUGGAGAUAAUGUCAAAAAAAGCGGCUUGUAGAUAUGAACACCUUGAUAAAAAGCUAAGAAAAUCUUUUACGUGCUCAACCAGGCAUAACAUAUAUAAAAAUUUUAUGUACAUCGGUGACCAUUUUGUUGAGCGUGGAGAUUUCACUAAAGCUACCACUUGUUAUGUAAAAGCUAAAGACUAUGUAGAUCAAUUUAGUCAGUUUGUAUCCUGGCAUAUUAAGAUUAUUAAGGUGAAGAUAUAUUUGCAAGAUUGGUCAGCCGUAGUCAGAUCUAUAAAAAAUGAAUCUGUCUUUGAAGAUCGAGAAAAAGAUUCUCAUUUGGACAUUUCAUACUGUUCAACGUUGGCGUGCAUUAGAGGCUUAACCGAUUUAAAAAAUCGUUGCUACAAAUCAGCAGCUGACAAUUUCUUAGAAGUUAAUUUUUAUCAUUACGAUGAUGAUUUUGAAGUAUUGACCAAAAAUAAUGUCGCUAUAUACUGUGGAUUGUGUGCUUUAGCUUCAUUUAACCGCUUAGAAUUAAAAGACAAAAUAAUUGACAACAAAUCUUUCAAACCAUUUUUCGGAUUGGAACCCAAGAUAUUUGAUGCAAUUUUCCAGUUGCACAAUAUUAAAUAUAAUGCAUAUUUGAAAACGCUCGAUGAUAUUAAGCCAUUAUUGCUUCUCGAUAUGUACAUUGGAUCUCAUAUAAAAACAAUCUACUCCGCCAUCGGCCACAAUACAAUGUUGGAAUAUCUAAGGCCCUUGGAUUAUGUUGAUAUAAGAAAAAUGGCAGUGUGUCUUAAUAUACCUUUACCCGAUUUAGAAAGUAAACUUGUGCAACUUGUACAGGAUGGGCAUAUAAAUGGUAGCUUUGACUUGCUGAAUAAAGCCCUUAGUAUCACAUAUCCAAAUAGAAGCCCAGAAAUAUACAACAAAGCUAUGGUAAAAGCAAAAGAGAUCAAUAGAUAUUAUCAUACAAACAUUAUCAGAAGGCAAGUGAUCCAUUCCAAAAAAAAUACAAAAGAAAUUGAGAAGCUAAGAAUGUCUUGAGUAAACAACAAUGCGUGUGUACUGAUCAAACAUCUGAACUGUGCAUUGACAUUGACAUUGACUCAUUUAAUCUGGAAGAGUAUGUUGAUAAGUACAGUGGCCUAACACGGAUUAACAGAAUAAUGUUCAUUGCUCAACAUUUUCCGAAAAUAUGUGGUGAUGCACUGCGAUUAGCUCUUUCGUAUGUCCUUAAAACUCUGAAUACCGAAUUAUUUAAAUUGGUUCAUUAUAAACUUCAAAAUAAUUUUAAAAUUAGGCAGUCAGAUGUUCAUGAACGUGAAUUUAAACAUAGGCUGAAGAUAAUGUCAAAAAAAGCGGCUUGUAGAUAUGAACACCUUGAUAAAAAGCUAAGAAAAUCUUUUACGUGCUCAACCAGGCAUAACAUAUAUAAAAAUUUUAUGUACAUCGGUGACCAUUUUGUUGAGCGUGGAGAUUUCACUAAAGCUACCACUUGUUAUGUAAAAGCUAAAGACUAUGUAGAUCAAUUUAGUCAGUUUGUAUCCUGGCAUAUUAAGAUUAUUAAGGUGAAGAUAAAUUUGCAAGAUUGGUCAGCUGUAGUCAGUUCCAUAAAAAACGAAUCUGUCUUUGAAGAUCGAGAAAAAGUUUUCAUCGACGGACGACAUGUGUUGGAAAACAAUACUCUAAAGUUCAGUAAAAUGUGCUCGGCUCUCGGCGACUGUGAUCGAAGAAAAUGUUGAUCUUCAGGAAUUUAUUUGGCCAGUUGGCGUUACAGCUCGGUGUGAUCCUGAUCUCCUCUUUGUUUAUUGUAUGGAAGUAAAAAAAAAAAACCCAAUUAUGUGCAAGUGUAAGUUUCAUCGGUAAAACGUCAUGUGUUUGUUCCAUUUCAGACAUUGGCUGUGUGCACGAUAUUGAUAAACGCCUUUUCACUCAAUGGAGAAGAACCGCUUCCAUGGAUCAUUAUGUUCCUUUUCAAUAUUUUAAUGAUUGUCAUUUGGUUGUUAGCCAUUAUGGGAGCGUACAAAGAUUCGUCUAAAAUAAUUUCAACGGCGACCAUACUGUGGACUAUUUUUCUGACCUUAUGGGCGGCGCUUGUGUUUCGUUCUUACUUCAGUGCCAGCAACACCAGGAACAUCUGUUUGGACACCCGGUGUCCAGAGGUGUUGUGGUUGCUGGACUGUUCGUGGCACGAACUGGCCAACGACUUGGACAAGAUAAAGCGCGAACCGGCCUACGACUUGGACAAGAUAAAAAACAACACCGUGGUCGUGCCGCUGUCGACGGUCAUCCCCAAGUCGCCACAUACCAAAGGUGGGGGCAAAGCGAAAAACGGCAAACGGAAAACGUCGAACAAAUCGAAAAAGUCCAAAUCGGGGUCCACGCAUACUCCGCUGAAACAAAGGGCCAGCGGCAGCGACCAAUUCGACGACGCGUUGACAACGAACCGAAGUGGCGGCGGCGGCGGACCCGUCGACAUCAGAACGGCGGCUCUGACGCAGAAACAACAGGGUUCGCUGGUCAUCUCCAUAGUACUGACAACGAUAAACUGUAUGAUAUUUCUAUUUUCUUGGACCAUACUGUUUAGUUACCAUAAAGAGUUACAGUGUCUCAACAUGUGUCAAUGUAAGGAUUAGGAAAAUCGCAAACCAUCGAUUUCUUCA